CCAAUCUAAACUGAUCAUCCCCCCUUCGGCGCAUUCCAAUAGACCAAUACUAUUUCACCAUUCUUCGAGUGAGAGAGCAGGAGGAAACAAUAAACAUCUUACACCAUUGCAGUCGGGCGUAAUCGGCGAAACGAAGACGGCAGCUACGAAAUUGUUAAAAAGGAGUCGAAGAUCACCAUGAGUAUGUACGGAUACGAUGUAUCUUUCUACGAUUACGGUUUUUCUGAUCCGGCGAUCAACGGUUCAAUCUAUGGAAAUUCGAUUUCUCGGAUGGCACCCGCAAUUGAUUAUGAUGAUGAGCUCUAUGUCAGAAGAAGGCCGCCGCCGCGGCCGAGGCAGAGGUCUCCAAGCAAAACCCCUAGCAGCCCGCCGAAGCACCGCCAUGACGGCACUUCUCCUCUUCCUCUAGGCAUGGACUGGAGUCUACCUCCUCUGAAUUGGGAAGGCAGAAACUCUGUUUGGCCUCAUGAUUUCCACAAAGGAUGGAGUUACUGUGUCACAAUUCCUUCUUUGAGUAGCGAAGCGUCUGCUGGCUCUUCUGUGUUUUAUGGUGUUAAAGUUGGUAUACAAUCACCAGAAGGAAUCACCACAACUCGAACAGUCCCAAGAAGAUUUAACGAGUUCUUGAACCUAUAUUCUGAGCUUAAAAAAGAAUUUCCUAAGAAAAAUUUGCCCCCACCUCCCCCAAAGAGUCUUUUGAAAACAAGAAGCAAGAAAGUUUUGGUAUAUCGAAUGUGUGCUUUGGAGGGUUGGAUGACAAAAUUAUUGUCUGAUAUUGAUGUUUCUAGAACUGCUCAUGUGGCUAUAUUUUUGGAGUUAGAAGCAGCUGCAAGGGAAGCAUGUUGUGAGUCGACUCAGAAUGAAUAUGCUGACAUGGACAACAACUGUGCCCAUGAAACAUCUGAUCUUAGUGCUCCUGAAGAGGAAAAAUAUGAUGAAAUUACCAUAGAAAAUGUAUCUGAGAGAGGUAUUAAUAAUUCAACUGGAGAAAAUAUCAUGGAUAUGGAAGAGCUUCAAAGAAAGUGUACAGAGUUGGAGUUGAGAGUGACAACUGAACAGGAUGCUAGAGCAUAUGCAGAAUCAAUGAAAGAAACCAUGAUCCAAAAGAAUGAAUUGUUGAUGGAAGAGUUGGAUGAUGUUAAGGAGCAGAUUAAGAUUUUGAGGAAAGAGAAAGAUGAGGUGGAAUUGAAGUCAAAAUCAGAUGUUGAGGAAGUCAACUCUCUUAGAGCAUCACAUUCAGAACUAAAGGAGGAACUUAACAAAUGUCUGGAAAAAAAAGUUGAAUUAGAGAAGGAGAAGCAAAAAUGGGAAGAUGAAAAUGCUUCUAAAGCCACAUUUUUGAAUGAAUGUGAAAUUCUUUGCAAUCGGCUUCAAGAAUGUAGUGCCAAAUUUCUUGUUGAAGAUGAUAAUUUGAUGCUGAAUGCUUCUUCAUCAGAUGUCAUUGAUGUGUUGGAAAUAUCUGAUAGUCAAAUCGAUCUUUUACUUGAAGAGGUACAAGUGGUUGGUGAAAAUGGUGCAAACGAAGAUGAUGAUUUAAGGAAGUUGUUUGGUAAUAUUUUAAUUGAGAAUGCAAAGUUAAGAAAACAAAUCAACUCCAUCAUCCGUCAUGCUAUGAGUAAAAAGCAUGGGAAUACUCUCGAGGACAAUGUUGAAGAAUGACAUAAUGAUGUAAUCAUGCAUAAAGACUCUUGUGAGAUAUGUAAACAAAUGUAAUAAUAUUUACUAUUUAGUUGAGCUCAUGUUGAUCCAUGAUCAUUAAGGUAAUGAAAAAGGUGUGUUUCAGG